CAAGGGCUAGCCUGUCUGAAUGCAAACCAGAUCCGAUGAGCAACAAGAACGACGACAGCUGAACUCAACAGAGUAGAAAGACUGCGGUCCCACACAGACUUGCACAGUUCAGUCAUUCAUUUGAAGGGUGCCUUCGGACAAAACCGUUUGCUGUUCACGCUCAGCGUCGAAAAACUUAGAGAACUCGGUGGUCCAAUCCACUCUCUCAUACUGUCUCAGUGGCUGCUUGAUAUGAUGAGGACUGGCUGGCACCUCCUUGCUGCAGGGCUGUACUCAGUGCUGUCCCAGGUAGUUCUGGUCCGAGGCUGUAUGGACUCCUGUAAGGAAUGCUCAGGGCCUCAGAAUGACCUGUGUCUGGAGUGCAGAACAGGCUGGACCCUCCAUGACAACACAUGUGUAGACAUAGAUGAGUGUGGCACAGAGCUGGGCCAGUGUCCCCCCAACACCUACUGCUUCAACACAGAAGGCAACUAUCAGUGCAAAGGCUGUGACCAGGCCUGUGUAGGCUGUAUGGGUGCUGGGCCAGUUCGCUGCAGGAAGUGUGCUGCUGGCUACAGACUAACCGGAGCAAAGUGUUUAGAUAUAGAUGAAUGCAGUGAGCGGGUUCUGGCGUGUUCAGGGCUGGAUGAGAUCUGUACCAAUUUGGAUGGAUCUUUCCACUGUGACUGUGCUGAAGGCUUCACACGCAAAAACAACGUCUGUGUGCAGAAAAAGCUACCCAGUGGUGUGGGUGAGAUGGGUCUGUUUGAGGACGUCCAGGAUGAAGAGGUGGAGGUUCUACAGCAGAUGUUCUUUGGGGUGCUGCUCUGUGCUCUGGCCACCCUGGCUGCUAAAGGAGACAUGGUCUUCACCUCCAUCUUCAUGGGUGGAGUGGCGGCCAUGGCUGGAUACUGGCUCAUAGACAGGGGAGACCACGUAUUGGACAGCUUUCUGAAGGGACGCUAGAACUACACUUCUAUCAAGGACAUAUUACUAUAACCUGUUGUUUCCCGUGUGUAUCAAGAACGGUCCACCACCCAAAGGACAUCCUGCCAACUUGAAACAACUGUGGGAAACCUUGGAGUCAUCAUCCCUGUGGAACAUUUUCAACACCUUGUAGAAUCCAUGCCCCUAAUGCUAGUUAGUAACUUACUUCAAACAGGGGGGAGGGGUGUACUUAAUGUGUUGUACAGUCAAAGUAUGUUUGUACACUAUACAUAUUAAGUUGUCAAUUUCAAAUGAAAAAUGACAGAACUCUCAAUGAUGCAUUAAAUGUUAAAAUACAAUGUGUGUGCGUCUGUGUGUGUGUGCGUUCGUGCGUGUUUGUAGGUAUGCACAGUGAUAUAGCAAACUGUCAACGAAAAGUCUUCAUUACUCUGGUCCACCCUCCUGCUUCUCUUCGGAACUCCUUCAAGACUGUCGCUCUGGAUAAGAGCGUCUGCUAAAUGACUUAAAUGUAAAUGUAAAUGUUGGAAAAGCAUUCCUCAUGAAGCUGGUCGAGAGAAUGCCAAGAGUGUGCAAA